CCCAUGAUUUUGAAGGCAGCACGAGACUGGAGCAGAGCAAGGGGAAUGUGUUGAGAGUUUUUCAGGAAACUAUCAAAUAUCAUACACGAUUACUCCAAAGUGAAUCCAUGUAGUCAACUGUUGCAAUCUCCUUCGUUGUGAUGGCCGCGACCUCUCACUAAUAUAAACGUACGUCCAGUGGGCUGAUGGGGAAGUCAUACCCUCUGCUACUGCCAUCGCCUAACCUGAGAUGACCCCAGGAUAGGUGGCACAAUAAGAUCUGGGGGAAUUCCAUAUUUGGGCCAAAGGAAGCCACCCUUUUCACGUUGUAAAUUAAAGUAUCCAGCAACUUGCAGUCAGCCCUCACAAUGCUCAUGUUGACGUGCCUGUUGCUGCUGUGGGUGGGACGCUGCGAUGCUCACAGCCUCUUUACCUGUGAGCCCAUCGAGGUUCAUCGAUGCAUGGGACUCUCCUACAACAUGACUUUCUUCCCCAACAUGAUGGAGCACUAUGAUCAGGAUAUCGCAGCCAGUAAAAUGGAGCCGUUCAUGCCGUUGGCAAAUCUGCACUGUUCCCCGAAUGUCCACCACUUCCUGUGCCAAGCCUUUUUUCCAGCAUGCACAGAACAGAACAUGGUUCAUCUACCAUGUCGAGAGGAGUGUGAAACUGUUCUGUCUGGUUGUCAGGAGGACAUCCGGAUUUUUGGUAUCAUCUGGCCUCCCGAGCUACAAUGUGACAAACUUGACUCAUGUGGCUUUCUGGGUGGUUUCGAUCUUCCAGCAACCACCCCAAUGAGCUCAACUUCUGCUAAGAGAGACCUGGGCUUUUGGUGUCCACUCCAGUUGAAAACCAAACCCGGCUAUGGUGCAUCAUUCCUGGGCGCCGAGGACUGUGCUCCACCUUGUUCCAAUAUGUAUUUCAAACCCAAGGACAUUGAAUUUGCCAAGAGCUUCAUUGGCAUAUGCUCCAUCAUCUGCUUGGGUGCCACUCUCUUUACCUUCCUUACGUUCCUCAUCGAUGUCAAACGCUUUCGCUACCCCGAGCGUCCAAUAAUCUUCUAUGCCGUUUGCUACAGCUUUGUGUCACUCAUAUACUUCAUUGGCUUCCUGCUGGGCAACAAUGCAGCCUGCAGCAAGGCGUCCCAUCCUGCUGGUGUGGAUACAGUUGCAUUAGGCUCUCAGAGCAAAGGCUGCACUCUGCUUUUUAUGUUCCUGUACUUCUUCUCCAUGGCCGGCAUCGUCUGGUGGGUCAUCCUCACCAUCACCUGGUUCCUCGCAGCUGGCCCCAAAUGGAGUUGUGAGGCUAUAGAGAAGAAAGCGGUGUGGUUCCACUCUGCUGCCUGGGGGAUCCCCGGUGCGCUAACUGUCAUGCUGCUAGCUCUUAAUAAGGUCGAAGGCGACAACAUUAGUGGGGUUUGCUUCGUGGGACUGUACGAUCUGGACGCCCUCCGCUACUUUGUUAUCGCUCCUCUAUGUGUGGGCGUCAUAGUGGGGCUCUUCCUCAUCCUCGCCGGCAUCGUUUCUCUGAAUAACGUACGCCAAGUUAUUCAACACGACGAGCGCAACCAGGAAAAGCUCAAGAAGUUCAUGAUCCGCAUUGGCGUGUUCAGCUGCCUCUACCUGGUCCCGCUGGUCACCCUGUUAGCAUGCUACACUUAUGAGCAGAGUCACCGCAGCACCUGGGAGAACACGUGGAUCAAUGACCGAUGCCAAGAAUACAGCAUCCCCUGUUCAUACAAGACAAUAGUGCACAAGCGCCCAGACCUCACUCUGUUCUUGGUCAAGUACUUGAUGACCCUGGUGGUUGGGAUAUCUGCAGUGUUCUGGGUCAGCAGCAAAAAGACCUGCUCUGAGUGGGCCUACUUCUUCAACAGGACUCGAAAAAGAGAUCCAAUCAGCGAGAGCCGCAGGGUGCUCCAAGAGUCCUGUGAGUUCUUCCUCAAGCAUAACAGCCGUGUCCAGCACAAGAAGAAGCACUACAAGUCUACUUCCCACAAGCUCAAGGUCAUCUCAAAGUCGAUGGGCACAAGCACCGGCACCACACCAACCAUUGCUUCAACCGGUGGAGCCAAUUCAGUAACCUUACCUCUGGGAAAUAAUGAGCUCCACUUCCAAUGCGCUGCCAGGGCGCACCUGGACAAGGGCACCUCUAGCCGAAGCUCCAGGCACGAUGACAAGGAGCGAGACAGGGAAGGGGGAGAGAGACGUAGCAAAGCGGGGAGCUCCGGGAAGGUCAGCAGCCAUUCUGAGAGUUUGCACAGCAGAGUGCCAGAUGCAAGGAUGACUCCAAUGAGCGAGCAAUCAGAGGUCAGACCGGUCCCGGAUCCCGUCGCACAACCGCAUUCAGCUUUAAGCGUCCAAGACUCCACCCACCAUCAGGUGACCAAGGUGCCUGAGGACAGCAAAGACAUGAAGGACGGCAAUUGCUGAGACGAUGCUAUCCAAAAAUGAUCUAGUACACCAGCAGCAGGUGUAUUUAUUUACGUCUUUCGACCCUGAUUGUAUCUGUUGAGUUGUAGACACUGAAUGUUCAUUUCUACAAUGUGAUAUUUACCUCUUUAUUUUUAUUUUUUUAUCAGCCUUUUAACAGAAUUUGGGUGGUUUUGUACUUUUACCAAGCUUUUAUUAGUACAGCUGCAUGCCAACUAUUAUAAAAUGCAGUGAAUAUGAACUCUACUUUUUAUGGGAAGCUCAAUGGACAUAUUUAUGUGAAUAUUAUAUUUUCUUUAGCUGAAUUAGUCACUACACUGGGUAUUUUAGCAUGUGAUGUCAUUAUGUUAUGUUUCCAAACCGACAGUAAGAGGAAAGUGUCCUUGUGGUUUUUUUAUGUCUUCCACCAAGAGAGUUUGCCUUCAAACCCCAUCAAACAUACUCUACUUAAAAAGAAAAAAACCACUUUACAGUAGAAAUGCAGAGCUUGUCUUUUUAGAAUGUUUUCUUAAAGAGUUUUUGCUCCUUUUUUGUCAUUCUGUUGUAUAGAUCUUUCUAUCAUGGUUGAUCCUGUGAAUUAGUAUUUUUAAGUUACUGCAUGAAUCUGUCUUUAAUUUGUGUUCCAAGGUAAACCAAUAUUUGUUCCAUGUGUAGUGGAGUGAUGUCAGUGUUGGGAUCAGACUUGUAAAACCAUCCUCUGGAAACAAAGGAUAAGUCAUUAUUUAUGAAACAAGUAUACUUCAACUACUGUCAAACUAUUGUACUACUUUUUUGAGGCAAUUCUCUGUAUUUUGAUUUAUUGGCAGUUCCCUGCGUAAAUAAUACUGUUACUUUUUGAGAGAACCUGUGAAACGUGUAUCUUUUAUAUUCUACCCAUUUUGACAAAUAAAUAUUGGAAAUCAUAA